GUGCGAACACCCCAAAAUACACGUUUGGGUUGGCAGACGGCCUGACGGGCGCCGGCCGGCGCGCCGCACCGAAAUAACAAAACAGAAACUGCUUACUACUUGAACACUUGAACCAGAAAAUAAUAAGGCGUAGGUCGGUAGAGUUGAUUAGUAAAAUUUGUUCUAUCCUAUUAAUACAGACCAGGCAGUUGUGUAAAUACGAGUAGAAAUAGAAAUACUUACAAACGUACAACUAAACUAAGAAAAAUAUGGAAGGGCGGAAACAACCUGGAUCUUUCUGGCAUAAAAGGAAACAAGAAAAGCAAGAAAGACAAAAUCAAAUUUUGAAAGGUAUACCCAAAAUGACAGCAUUUUUUACACCUGAUGGAAAUCAAGAAGACGACACUACAAAUAUUUCCCAACCCGGUAGUAGUUCUAGUGCUACUAGUGAUAAAUAUAUUCAUAUUCAACCACAUGAACUGAUUUUGGAGACUUCAGAAUUAGUGCCAGAGCCAGAGCACUUAGUAUCACCUGUUUCAAAAGUAUUAGAAUAUGAAGAAGCAACCACCAGUAACUCGGAUCCAAAACAGGAUUUACUUAAUUUUAAAGAUCCGGCACUUUUUGCAAGAUUCCCAUAAUUAUGCAGAAAUGAUUCUAGAAAAAUGGGUCGAACAGAAUCUUACAGAUAUGGACUUUUAAUGUCAAAAAGAAAUAUCGGGGAACAACACAGGUAUGCCGGUAGGCAAAUAUUUUAUAAAAGACUUGUUAAUGGAGAAGUGGUUCGCCGCGAUUGGGCAAUUUACUCCGAGAGCACUGGCAAUAUAUUUUGUCUUUAUUGUGUAUUAUUUGGAAAUAAAAAGAACCAAUUUAAAACAGGAUUUUCAUUAUGGAAUAAAAGUAAGGAAAGAUUAGACGAACAUGAAAGAUCCAAUGAUCAUAUAGAUAAUCUGAAAAUGUAUAUGAC